AUGGAGAAUCCUGCCUUCGGAGCGCGAGAGCGCAAGGCCGGAAAUUUGCCCAAGGCGCCUGGUGCAGCCGCCACGCGAGAAACGUUCCGAAAGUGGGCGGUUGGAAAGAAGGCGGCGCCUGCAGCCAAGGCAACAAACGCGUCUCGAGGGACCCUCGCCUCCGCCAACCUCCCGCACAAAACCGCGCACAUUCCGUUCAAUCCGCUCGUGGGCGGCGGCGAAGCCGAACACAACUUUGUUAUCUUUCAGAGACUGCAACUGGACUCGUCGAAAGGCCGCGCAGGGGCCGUGUCACGGCGCGAUCCCCAGAGUGCGCUUGCCACUCAGGAUCUCGUCCACCGCAUCAAUCUGCGGAAGGAGAUCGACUUGUCUUACUUACCCGACGGCCAGCGAGAAAGGGAGGAGUCAGAACAUCCGCCAAGUGGAGGUUUCCUCGAAGACCUCGGAAACUUGUUUUGGCAAAGAGGGCGGGAGAGGCGGCCGGUCGAUACCCAGGAUGCAACUCUCGGAAGACUCAAAGCCCAAGUUGAACACAUUCGCAAGUGGGGAGAGGCGCUGCACGAGAACGACUUUUUGCCGGCGACCUUGGGACGCCAGGCGCCGUGUUUCCGCGGCCCGAGUCCAGCGUCGCCGGUGCCGUACCCGGACGUUCCGCUUUCGAACCCGCUGGCAGGCGCGCAUGCACGCGACUGCGAGAACUUCGCCGAGCUGAACGGUUUGACGUGCGGCGAAAUCCGCAAGCGCGAACGGGAGCGACGAAAGCAACGACAGACGGCUGGGCCAGAGGCAGUCCAGUGGUUCUUGAAACAGGGCGCUUGGUCGUGUGCGGCUGGGCCGGAGGCAGUGCCGCAGCCUGCGGCAGGCGGCCUGCGUCGUCCCAUCUUCAUGGAUCCCGCAGACGAGCCGAUGUUUGCGUUGCGCCGCCCGGAGGCCCUCGCGGACGUGGAAGAAGUGCUGCGCGAGGCCGAGGACGCAGGACGCAAGAAGGCCGCCGGGGACUCCCUCGAGUUGGAUCUCGACUCUGACGAACAGCGAGAACUCGAGCAAAUGCUCGCCGAGAACGAGGGAUUCGCCACCGACGCUUGCCACGUCGACGUGAAGGCCAUGGCCCAGUUCUUCGACAUUCAGCGGGUCCCGCCGUCUCAACGCGUCAAAAUGCUGGAACUGGACUGUCGAUCUUUUCUGAUAAUGAUCAAGAAACUCCAGACCGCGAAGGCGUGUGCGGAGGAGAAGCUCCAGCAAGCCCGCAAAGAGAAAGAGGCCAUGGCGAAGGACAUCGCUGCCCGAGAGGCGCGCUUGAAACAGACUGAAGCCGCCGUUAGGCUGGCUCUGAAAGACCACCUCCGCAUUCAACGCAGCCUGCAAGCGACGGUGAAGGCUGGGAGCGAAAUAAUCGAGGAAGAGCAGAAGAAAGUUGCAAUCAUUAAAAGAUCCGAAACGCGUCUAACAUUCCAAGUGGAAGAAGCGGCCCAGGUCGCAGAGCAGCAAGCAGAGGAAAUCCAGGCACUGAAGCAGGAGCUGGCGGAGGUGAAAAAGAAGUACGAGGAAUACGAGAAGAAGAUGUUCAUCGACAACAAGGCGUACCAUGAGGACCAAAUCAAGCUGGAGAAAUUCCACUACCGCUGCUUGAGUCUGGGAGAAGACCGCUUGCGACUGCUCGAAGCGCUUCGGAGAGAAAAGGCCAACUUGGACAUACGCUGUGCCGAGCUCGUUCUGUACAAACAAGAGCUGGAAGACGUGACGGAGGAUCGCCGGCAGAUCAAGGACUCCGCUGGGAGAGCCCAGCACCGGAUGAUGCAAGACCAGCAGGCUUUGCAGAAGAAGUUGAAGCAAGAGACGGAGAAGAGGAACCGAGUCAUCCAGGCAAAAGACAAAGAGCUGGAGGCCUUGAGGGAGCAGAAGCUCCACGAAGAGAAACAGGUGGAUCGGUACCGCUCCCUGUGCUCGCUGCGCCUUCGCGAAAUGAAAAAAAUGCGAAACAUCAUUGACAUGCAACAAUCGCAUCUCAAGGAGCAGUCGUCGAAUUACCAGGAGUUCUUGAAGAACAUCAUGGCCUUCCAAGGCAAACUCACCGUCCUCGGCAAGCUGGCCCGAAAUAUUCGCGCCUUCUAUGCGGAACACGGCGCAGAGCUCGGAGGCGGGUUCGGCGCCGCUCUGCCGGACGAAGCGGGUGCUGAUCGACGAGACAGCUCCAGCCGAGGGCCCUCGACUGCGGAUGUGACUCAAGACGCCAUCAAGUCGCAGUUUGACGCGGCUUCAAAGGGCGCCGAAACGAUCUCUGUCGACCAAGCGGCUGAGGCAGCUCGUAAAUUGGGUCUCGCCCCAAGUUUAGCCGAGAUUGAGUCUCUGCGCAGCGCCGCGGAGAAUUCGCGCGUCGACCGCGCCGCGUUCGCAGCGUUCUGCGACUCGGCCGCCCACGAGGACGAAGCCUCCCAACUGGCUUCCUUCUUCAAAGUCUGGGACCCGAAGGAGAAGGGCACGAUCCCCAAAGGCGUGGCCAAAAAUCUGCUGCAAAGUUUCGGCGAGCCGCUCACGCCCGAGGAGGCAGACUUCGCCAUUCACUUGCUGGCGGACGACGCCGAAACCGUCAACUACCGAGACUUCUGUGAAAAGUACGGAGAGAGACUCAAGGGCGAACGCGGGGCGAAAAACGCGACGCAGAUUACGCUGUCUGUACACCUUGACAAGCCCACCGUUUUUUUCUACGUGGUCGUGGCCUACUCGGGAACGCAAACGCAAGGAGUGUAUUCACCAGAUAGCAACCGGCACGUUAAGCAGCCAGACUUCACGUACACGUCCAUGUACUUGCUGUGCGUCUCCGCGGUUAAAGAGCACACGUACAGACGCGCAGCGCGCCUCUGCAUCUCCAAGGACGCCUCUCUCUGCCUUUUCUGGGAGAGGCCGCACCUUUGA